AUGGCUAAAACAGAUGAUAACCAUGAGAAUGACAGCAUAUACUUAGUAGAUUCUAUCCAGGAUCACUUCGUUGAUGAAGACGGCUGCGUGUAUUUCCAAGUGAAAUGGCAAGGCCAUGAGAGCAGCAAAGAGUGGACGUGGGAGCCCCAGACGAAUCUUGAAGUCGAAGGCGAUAUGUUGGUGAAAGAAUAUUUCGAAAGCCUCGCCAAGAGACGGAAGAGGGUCCGAAGGUCUGCGAAGAAGCAACCAAGUCCAUCCGUCGCUACGGGUGGCACUGGACGUGGCAGGAGGAAUGAACGCCAUCGAACUGUCCCCUCAGGCCGCAUAGCAAAGUUGGCGUGGGAACCCCCACGAGGUAGUUGGGAACGUGAACCUUUCCAUAUCGACGGCUGCGGAGGAGACAGCGCAGAAACCCUGAUGAUCUACAUUACCUGGCUCGGAGGUCACAAGACCAGGCAUAAAAUGGAUGUGCUCUGCAAAAAGUGCCCCCAGAAAAUGCUCCGUUACCUUGAACAGUAUGUGUCAAUGUCGUGA